CACCAAAGUCACCGGAGUCUUCGCGCCGUCUCUGCGCCGUGCGAGUGUCUUGGCAGUGAACAGCGUCGCGGCGCUCCUCGAUGCACGCGCAUUCAAGUCACCGGAAACCGAAACUUUUUUCCUCAAUUUCACGCGGCGCGUAACUUAAGUGCACACACCGAGAGUUAACUAAGGAUUAUUUUUGGAUUAUAAACUGUUUCGCAGUGCAUCUCUACUCUGCCGGAAGACGCACGAAGAAAAGUUAAUCAUAGAGCAGAAGCUGCAAUCGUUUGCGAAUUGUUAACGAUUGUUUGGUUUGCGCGGUGAAAACGUGAGCCCCGUGCUACCGCUCGAGUUACCACUGCCAGCCACUCCUGCAGAGAUGGUGUCGCGACGCAAGAUCCUGUCGCGAUCUCGCGAUGACCUUCACAUGGACGCCACGUUUCAGGCGCCCGAGGACGAAGAAGACGUAUGGUACCAAAAGGAUAAAUUAUAUAAGGAUCAUAUACAAGAGGUGCUUGACAAAUGGACGCAGAUCGACGACGAGAUUUGGGCGAAAGUAAUUGUCUUGGAACGUAAUAGGAGGGUGGCUAAGGCUUAUGCAAGGGCGCCUGUUUUGACUGUUAAUGGAUCUGAUGAUGGGUUUGAUGGUUUUAGAAUUGGUCUUUGUGGCUUUGACAAUCCAAUGAGAGACCAAAAAACAGAAGAAUACAAGAGACACAUAGGACAUGGAGUAAAAAUCAAGAUGGACGACGCCGGAAACAUCCUAAUCAAACGCGUGUCCAAAUGCAAUGUCUACAUAAAAAGCACCGGCCAAGACGACGAGAACGCCAUCGGAAAUGAAAUCUUAAAAAUGCCCGGCAGCGCACUGGAGCCGGAAAAACCCGUCAAACUAUUCGACAUGAAAAAGUUCCAAUCGAAUGUCAAUCGUGAACUGCGUCGCGCUUACCCCGACCGCCGCCGCCUCGAGUGCCAAUGCCUCAGCGCGAUCGCCUUCGUCAAGAGCGAAUCCGAGCUGCUGGAGUGCCCCAUCUGGGUUCUAAUCAUCAACGUCGUCGCGAUGGAUAUGCUCAAGUCGAAGCUACCGCCAGGUCUUUAUUUCCAACGUGUGAUGGACAUCAAGAACCGACCGCGCAUUCCGAUCCCUGAUGAAGAUCCUUACAGCGUGGCUGGGAAUGGCAGUGGUAGCUCGGGAAGUUCAGGAUUUGCAGGUGCUGGAAGUGUUGCGGCAACUCGGGAGCAACUUUUGUUGCAAACGCAGCAAUUAGCGCAGAGGCGUAGUGAGAAACCGCCGAAAUUACCACCGCGUGAGAAUAUGUAUCCGCAUGAUAUUCCUAAGCCUGAUUAUGAUGACCACCAUGAUGAAGAAGGGCGAUUGAAACCUUUCCCUUCAUCGCGUAGUAAAAAGGAGUCGAAGGAUAACAAGAAAUACGAUGACCCGUAUUAUUGUGGUUUACGAGCUCGUGUGCCCAACUUCGUUGCAAAGUCAGCCAAUAACAAGUCAAAGGAGCCGCAGACGAAGCGUUUCUCCAUCAGCCAGCAAGCACCACCGAUUGCUGCCCUUAUGCACCAACAUCACAUGCACCACCAACAUCCACAUCCACCCAUGUGGCAUACGCGGAGCUAUGAGAGUGGAAUUGAUUCCGACGCGUUGGUAGAGUCACCUUACAAUCCAAUUUAUGGACGCCUGCCGAUACCUACAAGGGGUUACAUACCAAAUCCACCUCGCACAAUGUACAUUGGCGAAUGGGACUAAAUUAUGCUAACGCACGACUAAAUAAUUCCAAUUAAGGCCGACACUCCUACACACUCACACAAAUACACUCAUCGUAUUCAUAUUAUAUUGGCGUAUGUGUGUGGCUGCACACACAUUCUGUGCUCUCAUUUGUUUGUUUGUUACUUUUUGUGACCUCUUGUUCGCAUUCUUUCAUUUACUGCCAAUUAGGUUCACAAUUAAAUACACACACUAUAAUAAAACACUAACAUUUUUAGAUAGGUUCAACAUAGGUAUGCAAUUUAUUAAAUUUAUUAAACACGACCCUUUUUAGACGAUAAUGUUACUAUAUUUGUACGUGUAUAUAUUCUAGGUUAGAAAUUAAUAGCUGAGAAAGCGCGAUGAAGCUGAAAAUAUGAGAAAAUUUUAUCUCAAGGAAAUUUUGAGUUUUGUGGUGUGAACAAACUACUUUUUAGUGCGGAUAUUAAUCGUAUGGCUGUAUGAGUAGGCGAAUUAUUCUCUCUAUUAAUGUGUGUGUCGAUGAACAAUGGUUAACUUUAAAUUAAACUCUAUCGUGUUAAGGUUAGAAUUUAUAGGUUAUUAAUAUUUACUGUACUGUACUGGCGUGCACGUUGAUGUCUAUAUUCGGCGGCACUUAAAUAUUAUGUAUAAACAUGUAAAAUGAUACGUACUAUGUAUAACUAUAUAAAUAUUGUAAUUUAUAUGAUAUUGUACUCAUAUAUAAAUAUAUGGUGAUGGAUAUUUUAAAAUUAAAACAAAA